AUGACGGUCACUGAUCCACCACUAUCUUUCGAACAGAAUACAGAUAAAGAAAUAAUCAGAUUCACUCACUUAUUAAACAGUGAAGCAUGGAAGGGUCUCCUCAGCGCAGAGCAAUAUGCUGAUAGAGAAGCGGUUCUGGGCGCUUCACCCAUUUCUCAAAGAGAUAGAUCUCAAACCAUGAAGACUGAAUUUCCACAAGGUUACGAAUGGCUCGGUAUUAAAUAUUUCGUUGUGAAGGACUCCACCUUACCAGCAACUUCAAAGACAAGUCAAAUUGUGUCGGCAUGUGAAACUUUGAAUAGAUUAGGAUGGUGCAUUCGUCCUGAUUCCAAUGGUGUUAUAGAGCCUACGUUGGUGGUGUGUAUUGGUGGGGUAUUUACUGCUGAGAAACAUCGUAGAAAGGGGUAUGCUAAGAAAAUGAUUGAAAUGUUGAAUAAAUUUUAUGACCAGAUCCGUGAUGCUCCUGACGCUCCUCCCUUGUUGAAAAACCUGGUAGUUAAUUUGUAUAGUGAAGUGGAUGAUUAUUACGAAAAAGUUGGAUACCAUUCCAUGCACGUUCCAUUGCAUCACGUUACUGAAUUGGAUGAAUUCUACAAAGUUUUUUGUAAUAAUGUCACCAAUAAGGAGGGAAGAUAUUUGGGUUACGAUGAUUAUGAAGAUUUAGUGGAAUUGGAGAAGAAACAGUUCAAGAAACAUUUGUCGGAACUGGCUGUCAAGAAUCCAAAAUCUUUUGUGUUUACUGUGAAGCCAGAUAUUGACAUUUUCAAAUGGCUUGAAGAUCGUGACAUUUUCAUUCAAGAUAAAUUACACAAGGGUGCCAAAGUUCCACCAUUCGGGUUUGCACUCAAGGAUAAUAGUCAUAUCGUGUGGCAUCACAAUUGGAAUGCUAGUACUCUGGUAAUUGUGAAGAUUUUCAUUUCUGAUGAAUCCAGCAAGAAUAAUUCAGAGGAGGUUUUGAAAGAGUUAAUGGCUCAUGCCGUCGAUGAAGCCAAAGCCAUGCAGUUAUCUCAAUUACAAUUUUGGGAUGAAGAAAUUCCAUUAACUGAAUUCCCAAAUCUAGCCAAGACUUUGAAGCAUCUGGAGGAUGAUUCUAAAUUGUAUGUCACCAAUGGAUCGGUUAGUGCAGUAAGACCACCAGCUGGAUUUGACAAAGAUACCAUUGUUUGGGAUAACAAUACCAAAUUCUGUUGGUUUUGA